AUGGCUGUAGAAUUCAACGCAGUAGUUACACUAAAGCUUUCUGGACUACAUUAUCGGAAGCGCUCUGCGUCACGUGGACGCUCUGGUAGCCGUUCUAGGAGUCGUUCUCCAUCUGACAAAAGAGGAAAACGUGGAGAAGACAGACGCUCUAGAAGUAGAGAUCGAGAACGUAGACGUGAGAGGUCACGCAGUAGGGACAAGAGAAGGUCCCGAUCACGUGACAGAAAGCGUCAAAGACGUUCAAGAAGUAGAGAACGGGAACGGAGCCGAGAGAGAAGAAGAUCCCGGAGCCGAGAGAGGAGGCGCUCUAGAAGCAGAAGUAGAGGUAGACGGUCUCGAUCUUCCAGUCCAAGCAAAAACAGGAAAACCGAAAACAGAUCAAGAUCUAAAGAAAAGACAGAAGGUGUGGAAGUUUCCAAAGAAAAGAAAAAAGACAAAGAAGACAAAGAAGAAGAGAAGGAUAAAGAUGCCACCACAAAUACCGUGGCCACUGAGAAUUUUGAUCAGAACAAACUAGAAGAAGAAAUGAGAAAACGAAAAGAAAGAGUGGAGAAAUGGAGGGAAGAACAGCGCAAGAAGGCUAUGGAAAACAUAGGAGAACUGAAAAAAGAAAUUGAAGAGAUGAAACAGGGGAAAAAAUGGAGUUUAGAAGAUGAUGAUGAUGAUGAAGAGGAAACUGCAGAAGGAGAAAAAGAAGGCAAUGAGGUUGAAGAUGAAGAAUUAGAUCCUUUGGAUGCUUAUAUGGAAGAAGUAAAAGAAGAAGUCAAGAAGUUCAAUAUGAGAAGUGUGAAAGGUGGAGGUGGGAGUGAAAAGAAAACUGGACCAACUGUUACCAAAGUAGUAACCGUGGUGACAACCAAAAAGGCAGCUGCAGAGUCAGAAAAGAAGAAAGGGGAGCUCAUGGAGAAUGACCAAGAUGCAAUGGAGUAUUCCUCAGAAGAGGAGGAAGUUGAUCUUCAGACUGCCCUGACUGGCUAUCAGACCAAGCAGAGAAAGCUGCUAGAACCAGUGGAUCAUGGGAAGAUAGAAUAUGAACCUUUCAGGAAAAACUUCUAUGUUGAAGUACCAGAACUAGCUAAAAUGACUCAAGAAGAGGUGAAUGUGUACAGGCUGGAGUUGGAGGGAAUUACAGUCAAGGGAAAAGGCUGCCCCAAACCAAUAAAAACCUGGGUACAGUGUGGUAUUUCCAUGAAGAUUCUCACUGCCCUCAAAAAACAUGGCUAUGAAAAGCCCACUCCCAUUCAAACCCAGGCUAUCCCAGCGAUUAUGAAUGGACGUGAUUUGAUUGGCAUUGCUAAAACAGGAAGUGGAAAAACUAUUGCAUUUCUGUUGCCCAUGUUCAGACACAUUAUGGAUCAGAGAGCAUUAGAAGAAGGAGAAGGUCCCAUAGCUGUCAUUAUGACACCUACUCGCGAGUUGGCUUUGCAGAUUACCAAGGAGUGCAAGAAAUUCUCAAAGACACUUGGGCUUCGAGUUGUCUGUGUUUAUGGAGGAACAGGAAUCAGUGAACAGAUAGCUGAACUCAAAAGAGGUGCUGAAAUUAUUGUUUGCACACCUGGACGUAUGAUUGACAUGUUAGCAGCUAACAAUGGUCGGGUAACAAAUCUCCGUAGAGUCACAUACGUUGUACUUGAUGAAGCAGACAGAAUGUUUGACAUGGGUUUUGAGCCUCAGGUUAUGCGCAUUGUAGACAACGUCAGGCCUGAUCGUCAGACUGUCAUGUUCUCUGCUACUUUUCCCAGAGCUAUGGAGGCGUUAGCUCGGAGAAUCCUAAGUAAACCUAUAGAAGUGCAGGUCGGAGGCAGAAGUGUUGUCUGUUCUGAUGUGGAGCAACAUGUUAUUGUCAUAGAAGAGGAGAACAAGUUUUUGAAGUUACUGGAGCUACUGGGACACUAUCAGGAGAAAGGAUCAGUUAUCAUAUUUGUAGAUAAACAAGAACACGCUGAUGGGUUGUUGAAAGAUUUAAUGAGAGCCUCUUACCCUUGCUUGUCUCUUCAUGGAGGUAUUGAUCAGUAUGACAGGGACAGCAUAAUUAAUGAUUUCAAGAAUGGAAUUUGUAAACUUCUGGUGGCCACGUCUGUAGCAGCAAGGGGCUUGGAUGUAAAACAGUUGAUGCUGGUAGUCAAUUAUAGCUGUCCCAACCAUUAUGAAGAUUAUGUGCAUCGAGCAGGCCGAACUGGACGAGCUGGCAAUAAAGGAUAUGCGUAUACAUUCAUUACUGAGGAUCAGGCACGGUAUGCUGGUGAUAUCAUUAAGGCUUUGGAAUUGUCGGGGAAUCCAAUUCCUACUGAUUUGGAGAAGCUCUGGGCUGACUUCAAAGACCAACAGAAGGCUGAGGGAAAGUUGAUUAAAAAAAGCAGUGGAUUCUCUGGCAAAGGUUUUAAAUUUGAUGAAACAGAACAGGCUUUGGCUAAUGAAAGAAAGAAGCUACAAAAAGCAGCUCUUGGCUUGCAGGAUUCAGAUGAUGAAGAUACAGCUGUUGAUAUCGAUGAACAAAUUGAAAGCAUGUUCAAUUCAAAGAAAAGAGUAAAAGACAUGGCAGCACCAGGAACAUCAAAUGCUCCUACACCAUCAGCUGGGAAUGCAGAAAAAUUGGAAAUUGCUAAAAGAUUGGCUUUGAGAAUCAAUGCCCAGAAGAAUCUUGGAGCAGAGGCACAAGUAUUGGUCCCCUUCCACUUUAAGGAUGUGAUGCAGCAGGCUACAAAUGCUAUCCUGAGAGGAGGCACAAUUCAGGCUCCUACUGUAUCUGCCAAGACUAUUGCAGAGCAACUGGCUGAAAAAAUCAAUGCUAAGCUCAAUUAUGUACCCAUAGAGAAGCAGGAGGAAGAGAAACAGGAUGGAGGACAAAAUGAAUCCUUUAAGAGAUAUGAAGAAGAAUUAGAGAUCAAUGACUUCCCACAGACUGCCAGAUGGAAAGUUACCUCCAAAGAAGCACUACAGAGAAUCAGUGAAUAUUCUGAAGCUGCCAUUACAAUCAGAGGAACUUACUUCCCUCCAGGCAAAGAACCCAAGGAAGGAGAACGAAAGAUUUAUUUGGCUAUAGAAAGUGCCAAUGAACUGGCUGUACAGAAAGCAAAGGCAGAAAUCACACGACUUAUAAAAGAGGAACUCAUCAGAUUGCAAAAUUCAUACCAACCAACCAACAAAGGAAGAUACAAAGUUCUAUGAGUAUUUGGAGUUAUCUGUCUGCCAGUGGCUGGUGCGUGAAACUUUGUGGCUUCUGUUGUUUUUGCUGUUUACACUGCUUAUUGUAAAUUAAGAAUUUUUUUAUUUUGUCUUGCGGACAUUUUUUAACAGAAAAUUGAUACUUGCUGAAACAUCUUAAUUCUCUCCACUAAAGUUAUCAGUCUUAAAGCAGACCAGUUUUGGCGGAGCAUGAUUUAAUUUAAAAUUGCAGUUUAUAUACUUUUCAUCAUAAAGAAUAUAAAAUAAAACAGAUUUUAAUUUUUCUGA